UUGCAUAAUUCCGAGGCCUCAACCCUAUAUUAAUUUCUGCCGCCAUUCGGAGGCUCAGUGGUCAUAGCUGCUCCGCUCUCCACUGCCCACUUGCUCCCCUCCGUUACCGCUGCCACCGCCGCCACCGCCACCGCAGUCUCUUCCUGUUUGCGUGCUCGGAUUUCAUGGUUUUUAUUUAACAGGAGGAGGAGGACACAAUGAGAUUGGAGAAAUGUUGGUUUUGUUCCUCAAGUAUAUAUCCAGGCCAUGGUAUUCAGUUUGUACGAAAUGAUGCAAAGAUCUUUCGGUUCUGUAGAUCUAAGUGUCACAAGAACUUUAAGAUGAAGAGGAAUCCACGUAAAGUAAAAUGGACAAAAGCAUAUAGGCGGCUGCAUGGAAAGGACAUGACUCAGGACUCGACAUUUGAAUUCGAGAGGAAGCGUAAUAGGCCGGAGAGAUAUGACAGGAAUCUAACUGAGAACACUUUGAAGGCCAUCAAGAAAAUUGAUAAAAUCAGAGUCGAUAGGGAGGAUAGACAUAUCACAAAGAGGAUGAAAGGAAAGAAAGCCAAGGAGCAGAGAGAAGCAGCGAAGGAGCUCGAGCAGAGCAUUCACAUGGUCAAAGCUCCGGCUGCGCUCAACAAAGAGCCAUCUCUUACACUGCCAAUCAAGGUUUCGCAAAAGCAGUCAGAGGAAACUCGCAUGGAGGAAUGAACAAUUCACUUCCUAUAUUCUAUAUUCUCAAACUAAAACAUAUAAUGCAUUCUCAUUUCAGUAUGUUUAACUUUUUUAUUACAUAUAACUGUCUUAAUCUUGUAUCCAUAAAAAAAAAGAAAACUGCCAUAAUCUUGUACUGCCUUGAAGUAUUAGAAAACUUCUCUGACUAGAUACAGACACACA